UGUUGAGCGCGCGCCCCGCCUCCACUGAUUACUCCCUACAGCUGCACCAAACACACGUGAGGCUGGAGUGGAGUCAGUUGAACUCACUGCGCUAUGGAACAAGAUACCUUCAUUUCAUCAAUGACACGAACAGGACGACGACAUAUGAACUUUCUUAAAAUGUUAUGAGAUGAUAUAAUGACAACAGAGUAACUAAACAAGCAGGACAAGGUCUUAAACAGUGUCGGAGAAGCGCCAGAGAACGCACAAGAGAAAAGGCUUCCACACUCUAACAUUGUGUUGGCUCAAAGGAUGUCCGUCUUCACUCUCUGCCUGUUCUUAUGGUCCUGGCUAUCAUCCAUUCACGGUCUGGAGUUUCGCUAUCAUAACAGCGUGGAAAUGGAGCAGUACUUGAAAGACAUCAACAGGAUGUUUCCGGAUAUCACGCAUCUACACAGUAUCGGCCAGUCUGUUGAAGGAAGAGAACUCUGGGUCUUAAUACUGGGUCAACAUCCCAGAGAACACAGAACGGGCAUCCCGGAAUUCAAAUAUGUGGGCAAUAUGCACGGAAACGAGGCUGUGGGCCGUGUGUUACUGCUUCAAUUGAUCGAUUAUCUGACCAGUCGUUACCUGAGUGAUCCGUUGGUGACACGUUUGUUGAACAGCAGUCGUGUGCACAUCCUGCCAUCCAUGAACCCAGACGGCUUUGAGUCAUCUGCCCGGGAAUGCAUGUAUACAAUAGGCCGGUAUAAUAAGAACGGGGUGGACCUGAAUCGCAAUUUUCCGGAUGCAUUCGAGGGUAAUAGCGAGCGGGAAAGGGAGAAGGAGGUCAGCGCCGUGAUGGACUGGCUAAAGACAGAAAGUUUUGUCCUCUCAGCCAAUCUCCAUGGAGGAGCGGUGGUGGCCAGCUAUCCCUACGACAACAGCAAUGGAGGAAGCGAGCUGCAGGGAGGCCACAGCAUCUCCCCAGACGACGACGUGUUUGUCCACCUGGCAAAGACCUACUCCUACCGCCACAGAGAAAUGCACAACGGAAACAGCUGUUACGAUUCGCAGGACUUCACCCACGGCAUCACUAACGGAUAUUACUGGUAUCCUCUACCAGGUGGAAUGCAAGACUAUAACUAUGUGUGGGCACAGUGUUUAGAGCUCACACUGGAAAUCUCUUGCUGCAAGUUUCCUCCAGAGGCGCAGCUUCCCGGCCUAUGGGAGGCCAACAAACCCGCACUACUGGCUUACAUACAGCAAGUACACCUAGGGGUGAAAGGAGUAGUGACGGACUCAUACGGGAAGCCUGUCCGAAACGCCAUAGUGGAGGUAGCGGGGAGAAGAAACCUUUGUCCCUUCAGGACUGAUCGUAAUGGGGAAUACUACAGACUGCUGCUGCCCGGCAACUACACCAUCACAGUGACAUACCCAGGACACAAGACCCUCACUCAGACCGUUCAAGUGCAGCAUGGUCCAGACACAUUCUCUGCCCUCACACACAACUUCUUCCUUCAAAAGAGUGACUAUAGCUCAAAAGCAACACAACUACCCCAGUCCUGCACCACCCCAAAUCUGGGAAUCCCAGAGAGCGACAGUGCCACCCUACUGCCCAGUGUGUUCACUACACUUACCUUAUUACUCCUCCAAAGACUGCUGCUGCUCUGAGGGAGAAAAGACUUUUAAACAUCAAGGACAUGCUCAUUUUAUUUUCCUGCACAAUUUAUCUUUUAACCUUUUGUACAAAAUCAUGACAAAAUAUCAACAAUUGUCAAGUUUCCACAUUUGGAGCAUUUCAAGAAUAUCCACAACCCACCAUAGUCGUGAUGACAGUUUUUAGAGCGGUUACCAAUUCUUUGACCAAAAACCUCAACUGCAUUACAUUGCGUUUCAAACUCCCUGUGUUUCACUUAGUUUUAUAAUAUGCCUACAUACCUAUUUUCAAUUGUGGAAGAUACUAUUAUUGUGAUGAAGGCUAUAAAAGUUGAAGGUGGUGUGCAUGUGAACAAUUAUGUAACUGUUACUAGUCUUGACGUGUUUGCUUUUUAUCAUUUAAAGAUUUGUAGAUACUGUGUCAAGCUAAUUACCUUAACCUCAUUUGUACAUUGACAGUGUCUCUUUGCAGCUGUGUAACGUGAAAAUGAAGCCAAAUGAAACCCAGUGCUCUUUCUACCUCACUCAGGCUCACGUUAAAGACUGACAGUGCCUUCAAUACACAUGUCAAACACAGGAUCUGCUGUCUCCUUUCAUUUUCUAUGUAAAGCCAAUAUUACCACAUUACAUGCUAAUCUCACAACUUCAUUACACACACACAGCAUUCAGAAAGUUUGAAAAAAAAUGUUUAAGGUUUUUAAAAUGGAACCUGCUUUCAGGAUGACACCUGACUAUAGCUCAAAAGCAACACAGCUACCCCCAGUCCUGCACCACCCCAAAUCUGGGA